GUGGGAACCGGCAUUAGAAGCGAGGAGGAGGAAGACGACUCAUCAAGCCCAAAAAUUUAAGAGCGCGCCCCCCCUUUGGCGCACUCACCCACCUACCUGCGCUCCUCCUGCGCACUGCUCCUCUGAGUUCUGCGAGUUCGUCCGUGCUGCACAGCGCGGUGGCAGUGGUGGUACCGGAGUUCAAGCGGGCGGUGCUCUGCUCUCGUGGGCUUGUCUGAUCCGGCGGGAUCCCAUGCGGGGGCUGAUGCUUCGCGGCGCAUCGGGCCGUCAGUGUUUGCAAGAGGAAUCUACUCAACUAUGACAAAUUAGUCACGGAACAAAUAAUGGCAGCCGAGGUCAAUCAAACUUUUUUCGCGUGGUCACAAGGAGAACCAAAUGAACGGGAUGGUUCUCAAGGAGUAUCUGUGUCCCAGAAAAUUGAUCAUGGUUCCAUAUCCUUUGGAAGAUUCGAAUUGGAAUCUCUAUCAUGGGAAAAGUGGUCAGUAUUUACUGAUGACAAGCGCCAUGAAGAAUUUGGAAAAUUCAAUGGUUUAGUUGCACAGAAGAAGGCAUAUUUUGAAGAAUAUUACAGGAAAAUCAGAGAACUGAAGGCUGCACAGCAGCAAAACCAGCAAACUGAACUUAUUUUGGAAUACAGUGGUGAUGGCAGUGAUUCAAGUCAGACAGGAGAAGAUAUGCAGGCUGCAGAGCUUGAAACUCCUACUGGAUCUGGAACUAUUGUUGAUGAUUAUGUGGAACAAGCUGAACAUGAAACUACCUCUGACCAAGGAUUGACAUGCUAUGAUGACCAUGAAGAAGAGAACUUCAAUGCAGAAUCUUCAUCGUCCAAUGUUUCUUCAUCAGCUGUAGGUUUACAGCAAAGUAACCAGGAUGCUAGAGAAGAUGUGCACACUGAUGAUUCAACUGACAAAAUAAAUUCAGCUAAGCAGAAUGCCAUUUCUGGUCAUGAUCUUGGAACGACAUUUGAAGAUGUAAGGGUUCCUAAAAGAAUUAUCGAGAAAGACUCAAGGCUUAGAUAUGCUCCAAAGAUAAUACCAAAGUCUGUCAAAACCUCCGCAGAUGGUCCUCUCAAUCGCAAAUCUGUUAGUAAGAGGCCUGAUUCUCUGAAGCCCGGCAUGAGUAUGAACCAGAAGGCUAAGCCUGACAAUGAUCGUUUAUUGAGAAGGCCAAAUGUAGCACCUCAAAAGAUGUCUGAUUCAGCAGAAAGGAACAGGAUUACAGCAAAACGAACUCUUGGGGUUACAGGCGUCAGAAGACCUUCCUCAGCAUCCUCACAACGAACCUCUGCUAGAGAGAGGCACCAUAUAGCCGGGGAGAGUGUAAAGAAGCCUGCUGAUGUUUCCACCCCACGGCGGCCUUCCACUGCUGAAAGACACCCUGCCACCACAGAGCGUGGACGGAAACAAGCUGAUGUAGCUACACCACGCCGACCUUCUACUUCUGAAAGACGUGCUGUCAACAGAGAGAGUGCGGAAAAGCAUGCUGCUACCAGAGCGAGUGUUCUGAAAAUGGAUGUGAGAACACCUAGCAAGACUAGACCUACAGCGGCACAACCGAAGGGUGCAACAACCACAGUUGGUAUCGUUAAAAAGGCAGGCACUCCAAAUGCUUCUAAAAGAAUCAAUAUGGGAACAAAAAGCGAUAUCAGAGAACCAGAAGGACCUCCAAAAGUGGGCAGACACUCUGUUAGGUCAAAAAGUACGGACCUGCAAGUUGCUAGCAAACAGAAAUCAAGCUCUGUUAACCUUCCUCCAAGGAAAUUGUUGAAUUCCAGUAUUGGAGAACCAGCACUCGAAACCUUUACAAGACCAAAAAAGAAAGAUGUGGCACUGCAAUCUCGAGCAUCUACAUCGAAGAGAGCACUGCCUUUGCACACUGGAAACGUAAAGGCGAGGAGUUCAAAUCCACCCCCACCACCACCUCCACCGCGUCGGCCCUCGCGGAUGACGAUGAACAGACCCAAUGGCAAUGGUAGCAACUCAUCGAUCGUUGGACAAAAGCCAAAAUAUGAUACUUACUCAUCAUGAACACCGAAAAGGAAUCUUAUGAUAACCUCACUGCACGUACUGAAACUCUGAAUUGCACCCCCAUCCAAAUGUCCAAUGCAGGGUUUCAGCACCAAAAUGGCAUUGAUGCUGAUGCAGAAGUGAGUCUUCAUUCAAUCUAGUUGCCUGCAGAAUGAAAGUCUAGCUGAAUCUUUCAAGACGUCGUGCUGCUGCACGAAGCACUCGCACUGCCGUCCACUUCACUUGAACUUGAAUGAUGUUUUUUUUUUUUUUGAUGUUUCUGUAUAUCAUCGGUUCCUCUGCUCUCUCGGUCUCUACUAGUGUAUGUAGUUAACUGUACCAUAUCCACAAGUGCAUUAGCUUUGUCGCCCAAGGAACUUAGAACAGUGCUGCUGUAUAUACCACCUCAAAUAAAAUGUUUCGUCAGUUAAAAGUACAUGUGAAAAAUUCUGGUGCUCUCUGAACAUUGUACUGCAGUCUGCACAUCAUUAGCAGUAAUGUAAAUCGUUCAUUCUUUUUA